AUGGGCAGAAAGGUAUUUAUUGUUUUCGCUCACCCAGAGCGUAAAUCUUUGAAUGGUCAUUUGCUAGAUGAGCUUGUUGGUCAAUUAAAGUCCCAAGGAGAUGAGGUCAAAGUUAGUGAUUUGUAUGCCAUGAAGUGGAAGAGUGAAGUCGAUGUUUCGGACUUCCCUGAUUACCCAGCUGAUAAGAAGUUUAACCCACAAAUUGCGUCGAAGGAUUACACAGCCAACGGCACCCUAACCAAGGAUGUUGUUGAGGAACAGCAAAAACUUUUGUGGGCUGACACAAUUCUAUUUGUCUUCCCAAUCUGGUGGUUCAAUUUGCCAGCUAUAUUGAAGGGCUGGAUCGACAGAGUAUUCUCUAACGGUUUUGCAUACAACUACUGGGAGCACCCAGAAUUAAGUGAUCCAGAAGUUUUGAAGAAGAAGACUGUCUCUGGUAGAAAUGCUUCUCUUGUUGUUACCCUAGGUGGUUCCCCAGAGAAUGCUUACAAGCCAGGUGAUCCAAAUGAAGUCGUCAGCAAGUUGCUAUCCGGAACUUUAACCACUUUCGGUUACUCGGGUUUGAAUGUUGUUAAGCCAUUGUACUUGUAUGGUGCUAACACUCAAUCUGAAGAGAAGGUUAAGGAAUUUGAAGAACAAGUUCGUGCAUUCGCAAAGGAAUUGCCAAACUAG